GAAGUGUUGAAAUGUUAAAUACUCAUAUCGGAGUGUUGAGUAUCCAACAUAGGUGCUUGAGGAAGAGUCCAAGUGACAAUAUUCGUCACCAGGAAUUCGAAUAUUUCAUAGAUGAAUCAAGUACGACCAUUCAUGAGAUAAUAUUUUGCUAGCUCUGCUUCUUUUUCAAUUUUUUGACAUUGGCUAAAUGGAUGGAAUUAGAUAGGGAUACAAAAAGGAAACAACUACUAACUGCGUUAUUGAAAGUAAUUAAGGACCAACACUAAUAUGAGCUAAUAUGAGAUUUUUUUAGGCUCUUAAAGUCUUAAAACUAAUUUGAACACGACUACUCGACUAGAGAGCAAUACCGACAAUUUUCAUUUGGCAAAGCAACCUGUUAUAUAUUCGGGUGCACCUCUAAUUCUUUCUCUUUUCAUUGGGUUGUUCAAUCUCGAUUCAUAUAUUUGUUAAAACAUAACAUUGAUAAUGUUUUUUGCUAUAAAAGUAGUGUACAUCAUGACGAAUCCAAUAAUAUUUUACAUAAUCACAUUUAUUUUUGUACUUUUUGAGUAAAUUUUUUUUUGUCAAUGUGGGUAUAUGAAGAGAGUAAAAAUUGAAGUGUAACAACUGAAAAUUCGGAGCGAAUUCAUAUUAAAUCUUUUGUUGCUUCUUGGAGGGUCUGUUAAGUUAUUGCUAUAUUUGGAUUUGUUUUAUCUGGCUGCUGAGGUGAUGAAGGGGAGCCAAAGAAUGACAUUUACUAACAUUUGUGAACCUCCUUGUUUUAAGUGAAUUAGGGGAUAAAAUGAACCAAUCAAACCAUGCAAAAGAUUUCCAAAAUUAGUCUAUGACUAGAUAUUACCUUUAACUAUAAUAAGACAGCUAAAUCUUCUAAAAAAAACCAUCUCUUUCCCUUCUUUAUAAACUUAAGAACAUCCUCACACAUUUUUCCUAAGCACCCUCUUUUAGGAACUUUAAGAAAAAUCUUUGUUCCUUAUCAAUUUGGUUCACAAGAAGUACUAAAGAAAUGGCUAGAGUUCAAACUAUUUUUCUCUUGGCCGGCGUUCUGUCCGUCCUCUCUUUGGCCGGCGUUGCUUACGCCGCAACCAACCACUUCAAAGUCCAGGGAAUGGUGUACUGUGACACCUGCCGCAUUCAGUUCAUCACCCGCGUUAGCACAAUGAUGGAGGGUGCAACUGUGAGGUUGGAGUGCAGGAACAUUACUGCAGGAACUGAGACCUUCAAAUCUGAAGCUAUCACUGACAAGCUAGGAAUGUACAGCAUCAAUGUAGAUGGUGAUUACGAGGACGAUAUCUGUGAGAUUGUAUUGGCGAAGAGCUCGAACAACGAGUGCACUGACAUCUCUCAUGAUGUUUAUGCAAAGCAAGCUGCUAAGGUUAGUCUAACAUCCAACAAUGGUGAAUCUUCUGAUGUUCGCAGCGCCAACGCUCUUGGGUUUAUGAGGAAGACACCCCUUCCAGAGUGUCCAGAGGUUCUUAAGGAGUUGGAUCUGUAUGAUGUUCCAGCAGCUAAUUAAGUAUUUAUUCAUGUGAGAAAACUUUUCAUGUUCAAUACUUUUUUUUUUCUUUUUUUCAAGCUUAAAUGUACUACCAGAAUAAGCAUAUAUGACAUUUGAAAAAACAAAAACAAAGGAGGGUGUGAGGCACAAAAAGAUCUAAGUUAUAUAGAGCUAAAAAUUAUUCAUUUUUGUUUUGCAAAUUUAAAACUAGCCUUAUUGUAAUGGGAGUUUAUUGUGAGCAUGGGCUAGUGUUUGUUGGUUUUUCUUUGCACCCUUUUGUGUUUGAUAUUGAGGUUCAAAUAUGUAAUGUCAGUUUGCUCAUUUUGGAUGAAUGUGGAUGUAAGCUUUUGUAUUA